GCCAGAUGUACUAAUACACAACAAAUCACGGUCCGGGAGAGGGGGAGAGCAAAUGAGUUCCUAUUUUGUGAAUCCCACUUUCCCGGGGAGCCUGCCCGGGGGCCAGGACUCCUUCCUCGGGCAGAUCCCCCUGUACCCGACGGGCUAUGAUGCUCUCAGGCAUUUUCCGGCUUCGUACGGGGCAAGCAGCCUGCAGGACAAGACUUACACCUCACCUUGUUUCUACCAACAGUCCAACACCGUCAUUGCUUGCAGUCGGGCUUCCUAUGAGUACGGAGCCUCUUGUUUUUAUUCGGACAAGGACAUUAGUAGCGCCUCUCCUUCCGGCAGUGGCAAACAGAGGGGGCCCGGGGACUACCUGCACUUUUCUCCCGAUCAACAGUACAAAACCAGCGGCGGCCAAGCCAAAAUUAUAAAUGACGAAGGCACCGACCGGAAGUACACGAGCCCUGUUUACCCCUGGAUGCAGCGGAUGAACUCCUGCGCUGGUACAGUAUAUGGAACACAUGGGAGACGAGGGAGGCAAACUUACACCAGAUACCAAACGCUAGAGUUAGAGAAGGAAUUUCAUUUUAACAGAUACUUAACCCGAAGACGACGUAUUGAGAUUGCAAACGCUCUCUGCCUUACUGAACGCCAGAUUAAAAUAUGGUUUCAAAACAGGCGGAUGAAAUGGAAAAAGGAAAACAAAUUCAUAAAUUCCACACAGCCCAGCAGCGAAGAAACAGAGGAAAAGUCAGGGGAGUAGAACCACGUUUAAUAAACGCUACCAGGCCUUUCCUUAGCGCUUACUACUACUGCUAUUAUUAUUAUUUACCUUGUGUUCCUUCUGCUACUGAAAUCCUAUAGGUUUGUCACAGUCUAUUAAUCCCCAAAAGGCUUGGUUAAAAGAUGUAUAUUUGCAAUCAUCUGUGACUUACUCUAAUAUAUGUGGAAGCCCCAGCUUUCGAGCUACAGGCAUGUAUGUAUGUAACCACCUUCCUAAAGCGUAU